AAAGGUGUUGCAACAAUUGCCGCGGUUGCCAUGGCACAGCGUCAGCGGUUGCACUGAAUCAUGGGGCUUGAAAGAUAAAGGUUACGGUUUGUGGUCUGUGCUAUCGCUGUGUUUACGGGGAUGAUUAAAGGGAAAUAUAUUUAAACGACCAGUCAAUACAGUGUAGUUUCUCAGAGAGCGGAGAGAACAUUUUCAGUUUUAAUUACGGAUAAGUCGGCUAACGCUCGAACUAGCUUGCUACUCCUAGCUAACAUUAGCGGUUUGAAUCUACGAUGAAUCUGGUCCCCGCUAUGAAGUUUAAUCGGAGCGAAACAGUAGUGAAAUAGCUGAAUAAAACGAGCAAACAAGGUAGAGCUCAGUUGGACCAAUUUUUAAAUACAAAAAGGGAAUAAGAAGACAGGUCAGUAUAAUGGUUGUUAAAAAAAACAAAGGAAAAAAGAGGCUAAAAACAGCAGAAAUAACCUGGAUGUGACACAUGGGAUUCAGCACACAUUAUCAGACAGACAGCAUGGAAGAAUCAGAAAAAGCCCCUGAAGCGAUUGAGGACAACCGGAUUCUAAGUCGCCAGUCCCGUCGAAGCACAAAGAAAGAGUCUCGAGCAUCAUCGGGGCGGAGGCACAGAAUGGGAAAAAGUCACAGAGAAGACACGAGUGUCGACAGCAGAUCGAAAGCAACAACCUGCCGAUCCGAUCCAGAUCGAGACCGGAUUUCAGAUGGAGAGGGACGGAGAAGUGACGGGUCACUAUAUUCUGAGGACUACGAGAACGCUACACAGUCGGAACGCUCACUUUCACCUUUCUCCCAGACACUCACUCCAUCUCCGGUGCCACAGAGAGGGCUGCAGGCAAAGCAGAUUUCUAGAAGUCCACCCCACAAGCUACGUGGCGUUGGGCGCUGGAAUGCAUCGCGGCCACAGCGACCUGGAGGCCUUCCCAUCACACAGCACAACCGCAAGGGAAAUCGGUCUCAAAGCAAAGAGUCCACGCUGCCUAAAGACCUGGAUCUGGUGACCAAGCGGAUGCUUUCAGCCCGCCUACUGAAGAUCAAUGAAUUGCGCAACUCCCUUGCUGAACUAAAGCAGCAGAAUGAUGAACUGAAGAAGGAAAAUAGAACUCUCAGACAGCUUCAGGUGCGUCAGGAAAAAGCCCUGCAGCGCUACGACGACACGGAAAGUGAGAUUUCCCAGCUCCUGGCGCGCCACUCCAACGAGAUCCACGUGCUGCGAGAGCGACUGCGGCGCACGCAAGAGCGGGAACGGACAGCCGAGCGGCGGUUGAAGGAGAGCGAGGAGCAGUUGCAUCGGAGCCAAGCCGCUGUCGCGCGACUAAAGAAGCUGGUGGACCAGCAAGAAUUGGGGACCAGAGACGAGCUAAGCCGUAGCUUUGAAGAAGAGAAAACUCGGGCCCAAGAGGCACAACGUAAAGUCAAGGACUUGGAGCGUAGCAUUGAGCUGAGCAACAACAGUUUUCAGAGGCAGCUUGCUGCAGAGAAGAAGAAGACUAUUCAUUCUCAGGAGGAGGUGAAGAGUCUGCAGGAGGAGCUGGACCGACUGACCAAUAAGCUCAAGGAAAAGGAAAGAGAGCUAGAUGCUAAAAAUAUUUACUCCAACCGUUUGGCAAAACCAGCAUUACGGAAAGAUGGCGAAAGUAGUGCAAAGCGGAAACUCACAGUGCUUUACAGCACCAAGGCUGUACAAACUGAAGACAGAACGUCGAGUCAGGAUUUCCCCUCUCCACCCCCAGCCAUCAAUGACACCAACGAGUACGGCGGACAGUCGGCUGGCGAAUACCUGUCUUUGAAGGGUUUUGACAGGGUGGACAAACCAGCAGAGUCGGAGAAGGUUUCUCAAAAAAGCGAUGAACACAAGACGAGAGGGAGGCACGAGGAGGAACUGGUGAGAGAACAGGAGACGCAGCAGAGAGAGGGACUCGACCAGGAGCUGAAUGUCUUCAAAGAGAAGCUGAGCAGAUUGAAAAAUGACAUAAAGAAAGAACAGGAGGGUGAGGAUAGCAAGAAGUCAAAUUCCCUGUUCAGCCAGAAAGAAGACGACAACUACUGGAAGCGUGGCCACGUCCAGGACGAGGUGGCGCGAUGGAACAAGGAAUCUACGUCCAGCCAGCAGGCGACAGAGGAAGCACGUCGAAAGAAAGAGCAGCUGUUGGCUAAGAUGCGAGAAAUAGAUCGUCAAAACCAGGCAGCCCAGGACUCUGUGUUCGAUGAGUCACCUCUUUCUGAAUCCAGAAAAAUUAAUAACAACAUCGCUUCUCCGCAUCCACCUGAAGAGAGAAACCGUAACUUUUCGGUUUUCAACCACACUGAGUCAGAGGAGACAGGAUCGAUGCUGGCUGGAGAUCGAGAAGACGGAAGGAGGAGGCAAAGUGCGGAGCAUGGCGGUUUUACAGCGGGGAGGAGAGCAUUGCGGCCCCAUACCUCCAGUGAUGACUUGGCAUUUGGAAGGUACGCACCUUCGUUCGGACAUUCAGCGUCCCGGGUUUCCCCUGGCUUCCCUCCAGCUCCCCCUAGCGACGACAAAAACUCUGCAUUAGAAGCCAUAGGACUUUUUAAUGUUGGAAUGACGGUAACAGAGAAGGAAACAGAAACAAAAGCAGAGAAAGACAAGAAAUCAAGCCUCAUGGAGCAGCUGUUUGGUGCCCAGACCAUUCCUGCUGGUGACAGUUUCAGUGCUUCCAGUAAAAUGAUGGCACUUAAUAGCCCUCCAACAACCAACGGGGUACGUUCAAGACGGGACGGUUUACAUCGCUUCAGCUCGGGUUCCUCCACACCUCCACCGUCUUCCGGCGUCAUCGACAAGGCUCUAAACGUUGCCGACAGUAAACCUGCCAUCCGUGCCAUCCCCUCCUUCGAUGACGACAUAGAGGAACUCACUUUAUAAAUAAAUAUUUCAAUGGUA